AUGGUGCAAAUACAAGUGACUGAGGGUAUAUUGGAAGGGGAGGAAGUAAAGAAUGAGUACGGAGGGAGUUUCUACAGUUUCAAAGGUAUCCCGUAUGCUCAACCGCCGGUUGGAGAUCUGAGGUUUAAGUCACCGCAGCCACCACAACCGUGGACUGGCAUCAGGGAUGCUACCAAAUUCGGACCAGCAUCCUACCAGCCUAACUUCUUUGGUUCUGACCAUCAGCCACAAAAUAUGGGCGAAGACUGCCUAUAUCUGAACGUCUACACACCAGAAAUAAACCCAAAAAAGAGAAAUAUUUUUGCCCGUAUUGAUCCCCCCGUGCCGUACGAAGCUGAGAAUAUCACAUGUCACGGGGAUGACCUCGCAUACUUGUUCCCGUUGAAACUUUUUUUCGGAAAAGUCGAUACGAAUUCUGAGACAUUUAGGAUGAUAAAUAAAGUUUGCAAGCUUUGGACAAACUUUGCAAAAUUUGGGAAUCCUACUCCAACUAUUGAUGAAAACAUCGAAGUUGAAUGGAAGCCGUUCACCUUGGAGAAGCAAGAGUACAUGGAUAUUGAAUCAGAAGGCAAUUAUUUAAGGAAUAAAUCAUGGUGCAAGUUCAAGUAA